GACUCUAUCCCAGCAGGUGGAGUGGCCAGGUGAGCCCUGAAAGGUGGAGUUGGGCGGGGGCGCUCUGGGCCCCACCCCAGGAUCCGGUGACGCCGGGGCUGGAAUUUGACACCGGAUGGCGGCGGGCAUGAGGCUGCUGAGGGAUGGAGUUGGGCCCGGCCCCCAGACACGGCUCAGGGGCUCGGCCAGCAGCAGGUCCCUCAGGCCCCAGCCUUCACUGCGUCCCGGACCCGGAGCCCUGCACCUCGGGCACAGACUGGCUGCCAAGGCCACGCUUUUGGCUAAAAGAGGCGCUGCCAGGUGCACAGCCUUGGGCAUGAGCCUUUUAAGCUGCGGGGAAAAGCCCAGCACUGGUCCCAGGAAAGGUGCCUAGAAGAACACGGAGCAGGACCCCUGUGGUGAGUAUCUGGCUGGCAGAAGCGGGGCAAGGACUGGAGGACCACCAAGUGGCCCCAGGCUGCAGAAGGGAGACUGGACCUGCCCUGCCCUGCCCUCAAGAGACCUGCUCCUGAGCUCCCCCUAGUGCAGGGGGCCACUAAGGCUGCCUGGCCCAGGUUUCCCUCCAUCAUUGAAAACAGUUACUAGCUUGGCCCAUCAAGGCUCGAUUCAGUUAGCAGAGCACACCUAGCCCUGGAGGACCACACCAGUGAGGCCUGGGGAGAUCUGGCCCACAGGUAUGCAGACGUUCUGUGGGCUAUGGGGUGGGGGUGGAAGGUGACAGCUGGGACCCAAGGGCAGACCAGCUAGUGAGGACUCCAGGGCCCCAGAGGGGUGUAUGGGAAUGCCAGCCAAUGUGGGUUCACCAAAGGUUGGUGGGGCUCAGAAAGGCUGGAUGGGCUCAGGAAGGAUGGUUCAUGGGGGGAAACUUAUAAAAGCAGGGCCAGGUUUCCAGACCUACAGGAAGCUGGAAGGGGGACAAACCUGGACCAGCUCUCAGAGACGAGGUUGAAGUGGAGGCCUGGCUGGUCCUCCUGGGAAUAGCUCAAGCCUGAGUAUUUGAGCAAAGGGAAAAGCCCAUCCACCCUUUGAGUCAACAGGUUUGGCAAUGCUGCCCCCUGGUGGCCAUAGGGAGCCAUGCCCAGGCCCUAUGUUAGAGGACCCAUCAGCCACCAUCAUGGACUAGCUCUUGAGGGACAUCUGUGGUGAGAAGACAGAACUCUGGCAGCUCGGGGUGCAGACUGAAAUCUUAGAGGAGCAAGGUGCUGCAGUGCUGGGUGGGCAACACAGGCUGAGGCCGGGGUCUCGCUAACAUCAGCUAGGUCAAUAGCAAGCACCCUAAUUCUUCUCUAGGCCAUGGUUUCCUGCUCUGUGACAUGGAGAAAAAGCUCCCUAGUUCCUUCUCCAGCUGCUCCUGGAAGCUCCAUCUCUGUAGCACAGGGCAGGAAGGUCCUGAGGAAAGAGGCCUUGUGACAUUAGACAGUCACUGAGCUUCUCUGAGCCUUAUUUGCUCAGGUGGAACAUGAGGAUUCUGCCAUCUACCUCAUGCAGUUGUCAGAACUGAAAGAAGGAACAGGUGCAAAGCAUCAACACAUAGUUAGGUUCUUGAUGUAGUUACUUCUCCUCCUGGGUUGGGUCCGCCUUUCCAAGCCCCUUGUUCCUGGCCUGAAGACACUGAAGUGGAGCGGUGGCCUGCUCUCAAUGUUCCGAGCUGCCUCAAGAGAAGGGGGCGUGUGUGUGUGUGUGUGUGUGUGUGUGUGUGUGUGUGUGUGUGUGUGUGAGAACAGGUCAACUACAGCUGAUGGGAGCUCCUGGUAUUGACAGAGAUGGAGCCCAGAUGUGGAGGCCCUUCUGUGCUGUCCCACUGGCCCCAGCUUGGGCGGCAGUCUGCCCUGUGGCCAACCCUGGCCGCUCUGGCCCUGCUGAGCAGCGUCGCCGAGGCCUCCCUGGGCCCCGGGCCCCGCAGCCCUGCCCCGCGUCUCGGCCCCGCCCCGGCCCCGGCGGUCCCCACCGGCCACCUGCCGGGGGGCCGCCAGCCUCGCACGUGCGGCGGAAGAGCUCGGCGGCCGCCGCCCCAGCCGCCCCGGCCCGCGCCCCAGCCACCUGCGCCCUCGCCCGCGCCUCCCCGCGGGGGCCGCGCGGCGCGGGCCGGGAGCCGGGGCGGCCGCGAGAGCUGGGGGAGUCGCGCGCGGGCCGCGGGGGCGCGGGGCUGCCGCCUGCGGUCGCAGCUGGUGCCGGUGCGCGCGCUCGGCCUGGGCCACAGCUCCGACGAGCUGGUGCGUUUCCGCUUCUGCAGCGGCUCCUGCCGCCGCGCGCGCUCCCCGCACGACCUCAGCCUGGCCAGCCUGCUGGGCGCCGGGGCCCUGCGGCCGCCCCCCGGCUCGCGCCCCGUCAGCCAGCCGUGCUGCCGACCCACGCGCUACGAGGCGGUCUCCUUCAUGGACGUCAACAGCACCUGGAGGACCGUGGACCGCCUUUCCGCCACUGCCUGCGGCUGCCUGGGCUGAGACCUCGCUCCAGGGGUUUGCGGACUGUAUCCUUACCCGCAGAUCCUCGAACCUGGGGCCUUCUCGCAGGAGCCCGCUGGCCGGCGGGUGGGGGGCCCUGGGCCAGAGAUGGAGGCCUCAGCCAGGUGAGUGAUGGCUAUCAGCCCUGGAGAGAUGGAAGGACGACUGACCUGCGGCCCCAGGGUCCUCGCCCUGCAAGUCCCAGCCCCGCAGGCACCAGACAACCUCAGCUGUGGAGACCUUAGGACCCACUUCUCACAGACUCUGGCACUGACUAGGCCACGGACCCAGGACUCCUCCUCUGGAGAACUCAGCAGCUCUGAAGUCCCAGCCUCAGCCCAGGCCCUGGGGCGUAUGGAAUUGGAGGAGACACAUUGCUGACGUGGGCCUGUACUCUUUCGUGGUUGCUGGACCCCUAUUUAUUAUUCCUAAGUUAUUUAUUUA